AAUUUUCCUCUUUUUCUGGAAGAGGAGAUGACUAGAAGUGGUCAACUGCAAAGCUAGUUACAUCUGAUAUAUCAACGUUUUUCUCGUAGAAUUGCAACUUUAUUCUCGUAAUCUCAAAAAAAAAAAAAAAAAUCUGAAUGUGGCCCUAAUACUGGUGGUAGCAAACAGACCAUAGCCGGUUAAUUAAUCAGUUAAUCAAUCAAUUCAUUCAUCCUUGAUACAUAGAAAAAGCACAUUUUUUACUCAGUUAUAUAGGUAUGCCUGCUAUCUGUCUUGAAUUGGUUAGUUAAAAGAACAAAAAUAUUUUCGUGGGCAAACAUUAGCCUGCAUGAAACCCUCAAAACAAAAGAUCUGUGAGGAGGUGCUGGUUGCUCAGGGCGUAGCCGGAAGUGCGCUACAGUGACUCCUCUCGCUUCAGUUGUUUCUCCUGCUGCGGCGUCUGCUGUGCCGACUGUCGCUUGUGUCUGUCACGCUUUCACUGAUCAUAACGACACAAUCUAAAGUCAACACAACAAGCUACCAGGCAGUGAGUCAAUAGUCCAGAAAUGUUUCAACAGUCCAUCAUAUUCAGAUCCUCCAUCAGGGUCAUAGUCAAACCGCCUGGAGAUCUUCCAAAUGGCUAAUAGGGCAAAAUGACCUUGGGUGUUAAAUGCAUCACUUCAGGUGCAGCACAAAAUUGAGGACAGAGGUUAAACAGAUGGUAUACAUCUGUAGAGGAAUACAGAUGUAAUGUACACAUAAUUAUUCUUAAUGCUUGUAGGACCAAUACAACCAGAAGCCUCAAAUUAUAGGCCUGUUAGAGUUACUGUGCAGGGAAACUGGCCAGGGGUGAUAUGAUUGGUUGGGUGCAAGUGAAGUAAGGGACUGAAUAAUUAAUGUGUGUGGAGGGGAGUUGAGAGUUUGGGUAUAGUGGGUAUGAAAGAGACUGGGGGUGAGUAGACAGAUAGGGAGGGGAGAAGCUAUGGAUGGAGAGAGAGAUGCUGUUGCCAGGGAACAGCAGCCACAUAGAGGACCACUGAACACAACAGCAGGAUUAUCUAAUGGAGUAAAGGGACACAGAGACUGGUGCUCAUUUUCCCCAAGUUGCUGUAGAGAUAAAUAAGCUGCUUCCAUGGAGGGAUUUGGAUACAGACGGAAAUCAAAGAGGGGUUUGAAUUGAUAUUUUGCAGGGUUGGAAAAGAUAUUCUCUAAAGGUAUUUGGAGCCACAAGCGGAGAAAAGAAGGAGAUAAAGAAAGAGAGAUCAUGAUGCCAGAGCAGAUGCAUUCUAAUUAAAGAAAAUUUUGUGUCUCGGUGGUGUGCACGGUGGAGCUGAGAGGCAGCCUGUCAGCUCGCUCUUCACAGCCAGUCUUCCCCCAACAAAGGUGGACAGAGGCGGAGGAGAGGAGGGGGGUGAGUCCAGCACAGAGGUGCCCCCUGUCUUCAGACACCUGCUGCUGGCUAGUGGUUGACAUCGAGGACACUGUAUGACUGUGUCUGUGCAUGAGCAUGUGUUUAUGCAUGUGAAUUAGUCAAAGAGAGAGAGAGGGAGAGAGAGAUUGAGGAGAAAUUGCAGCCUGGUCCAUGCAUUUCUGUUGGUGUGGAGGAUCAGGACUUUCUCCGCUUGAAUCUUUACAUCUCUAACAGAGGAGGAGGAGGACACACAGCCACGAGCCAGUGAGGGGUUUUUAGGGGAUCUCGCACAUCUCAUGCCCUCUGCUCUCCUCUCUGAGGGAUGGGCACAACAGAGGCAACUCUGCGAAUGGAGAACAUGGAAGUGAAAGACGAGUGGCAGGAUGAAGACUUCCCCAGACCACUACCAGAGUACGGAGACAUGGAUUCCUCCUGUGGUCUCACAGAUGACAGAGCCUCUCCUCCUAACACCCUGAACGUGAGCCCACCUGGAGGAGGAGGAGGUGUGUCUUCAGCCCGCCGUAAACGCCGUACGCUGGUUGCCCCGGAGAUGAACCUAUCCCUGGAUCAUAGUGAGGGGUCUUUGCUGUCAGAUGACCUCCUGGAUACACCUGAUGACCUGGACAUCAACAUCGAUGACAUCGACACGCCGGAUGAGACGGACUCGCUGGAGUUCAUCACUAAUGGCAAUGAACUGGAGUGGGAAGAUGACACACCGGUAGCUACGGCCAAAGCAGGUCCUGGUGGUAGUUCAGGAGAAGCGGGCGAGGACGGGAAUACCAACAACGGACGCCUCUGGAGGACGGUGAUCAUCGGCGAACAGGAGCACCGUAUUGACAUGCAGGUCAUCAGACCCUACCUGCGGGUCAUCACACAUGGAGGUUAUUAUGGUGAAGGCCUGAACGCCAUCAUUGUGUUCUCCGCCUGCUACCUGCCUGACAGCAGCUGUCCAGAUUACCACUACAUCAUGGAAAACCUCUUCCUGUAUGUGGUGAGCAGUCUUGAGAUGCUUGUGGCUGAAGACUACCUGAUCAUCUACAUGAACGGAGCCACUCCUCGGAGUAAGAUGCCUGGGAUCAGCUGGCUCAAGAAAUGUUACCAGAUGAUUGACAGAAGAUUGAGGAAGAACUUGAAGUCUCUGGUCAUCGCUCAUCCCACUUGGUUCAUACGAACUGUCCUGGCUAUAUCUAGGCCCUUUAUCAGUGUGAAGUUCAUGAAUAAGAUCCAGUAUGUCCACAGCCUGGAUGAACUGGCAGAGAUCGUCCCUAUGGAGCAUGUCCAUGUCCCCGAGUGUGUGGUGCAAUUUGACGAGGAGAGGAUUAAAGCACGGAGGGAAAGGAUGGAGCAGGAACAGUCAGUCCCACAGGAACCAAUUAAAAAGUCUGAGAGGCCAAAGUCAAUGAUUGUAGAUCAAGGUUUAUGAGGACGGAGCUCUCCAGGUGAAGCGUGUGACAUGUGGAGCAUGACACCUUUUGAUUUACACCUCUAAGAGGAGGUCCAACAAGUCUACAUACGCUUCCUCGUUUUAUCAACAUCCAGCCUGCUGAUGAUCUGUGCCAUCAUUCUCCGAUCAAGAUGGCAAACGCUCCGUCUCAUAUCUGCCCCACCUCUCCCUUUUUUCCCAGAGGGGUUUAUAUCGCAACUUGAAAAAGAAAAUGUCUGUUGGACUAGUUUGGAAGAACUGUUACAUUAUAGAAACUGUGGCUCAGUUUGUUGAUUUAUUGUGUGGCUCUACUGUGUGGCUCAUAUCGAAAUGUUGCAUCAUCAUGAGGCUCAUUGGGACGUUGGAAGAGCAUCAAGCUCAAAAAUGUGACACAAAAUUAACUGGAAAAGUAAAAACAAGCAACAUAUUUCUCCAUUCAGUUGAAAAUUUCAGGCUUUUAUGUUGGUGAUAAAAUUCUACAAAUCUUCAUGUUAGUAAUAGGAAAAUACAUAAUCGUUAAUCCAACAUCCAAAGUGUUUUUCUGAAAGGAAUUGGAGAUAAUGGACAGCAGAGAAAAUAGUGAUUUCUGUUGUGACACUUGACAGGACCAGAGAUGUGUAACAACAACUUCAUUGAACUGGUCAAUAACGUGUAUCAGAUGUAAAUAACGAUGGUUUUCCAACGCAUCA